AUGAGCCAACAAUACCCACAUGUUUACACGAUUCAGCCAACAGGCCGAGACUCUUACUCAUCGUUUUCGACGGAUUCCGCCGAUGUGUCUGUCCCAUCGGGAGCUGCAAUCAACUGGAUGCCGGCACCUCUACGAGUACCAAAUUGUCCGCCCGGUCUUGAGUAUCUCACGAGGGUUAAAGGAUUGAUUGUAGAACAGCAAAUCGAUCUCUUGGAGGUGUUCACAAAUUGGGAGGUGACCAACUCGUACAAAAUCUACAAUGAAACCGGGCAACAGGUUUAUUAUGCUUAUGAGGAGUCCGAUUGUUGUCAGAGUUGUUUUUGUGGGGCAAGUAGAGGAUAUACCAUUCAUAUUGUCGACAACUUUCGGCGAGAAGUGAUGACAAUUAUUCGCCCAUUCAAGUGUUGUGGUGGAGUUUUUUGCGCAAAUGAGAGCUAUGUGGAAGCGCCGCCUGGUCAAUGGCUUGGCGAGAUAAAGCAAACAUUCGGCUUUCUUCAGCACAAUUUUGUUAUCGGUGACGAGCACGGGAGACUUAAUAUCAAAGGACCGCAAGAAAUCGGCUGUGGUUUUGCAUGUGAUUGUGGAGAGAAAAUAUUUAAGGUGAAGACGAAAGAAGGGACAACAAUUGGGGAAAUCCGAAAGAAAUGCGGUGGUGUCAUGCGAGAGUAUUUCACUGACGCAGACACGUUUUCGGUUUAUUUUCCCGAGAAUCUGACUGUUGGUUUAAAAGCGAACAUGUUAGCGGCCACAUUUUUAAUUGAUUUUCUCUCCUUUGAAAACAGAAAUCCGAGUCAACAACAGAAUUUUCAUUUU